CACUGAUGAUCAUUGCCUUGGUGAUCAGUGUAGCCCCUUCAGUGACACCUGUCAGUGCCCAUCAAUGCCACAUACCAGUGCACAUCAAUGCCAUAUAUCAGUGCCUACCAGUGCACAUCAAUGCCUCAUAUCAGUGCCCAUCAAAGCUGCCUUUCAGUGCCAACUAUUAGUGCCAUUCCAAUAAGUGCCAGUCAGUGCCACCUAUCAGUGCCAUAUAUGAGUGCUGCCUUUCAGUGCCCAUGACAAUGCCCACAAGUGAUGCCUGUCAAUGCCCAUCAGUGCCACCUACCAGUGCCUCCUCGUCAGUGCCACCUAUUAGUGCCCAUCACUGCAGCCUCAUUAGCACACAUCAGUGAAGGAGAAAAAUUACUUAUUUACAAAAUUCUAUAA